AUGAGGAUGAAGGUCAAUCUGACCGUUGCUCUCCUCGUAGGAUUGGCAACCGCAGACGAUCAGCCGGCCGGUCUGCUCAAUGCUCUGGAAGCUAUAGUCACAGCAGAGACAAGUCAGGUCCAGAACGGAAUCCAAUCGCUUCUAUCACAGGCCGACUCCUUGAUCAAGAACGUCUAUCCAUCAACAACAGUUACCGAUGUUGCCUCAAUGACAUGGCCGACGACCGUGGUCAUUGGCUCUCAGACCUACACUAUUCCAGCUACUGAGUCCUCGCUCUCAACCACGACCACGACCUCAGCCUCGAUAUCAGAUACGAGUCCCUCUUCGGCCAUCGCUUCGACGACCGAGAACGCCAGACCAGUCUUGACAUCUGCAGCAUCAGACACCCUGUCUAGCACAAUCCCAAGUGCAACUUCCACAUCAUCAAGUCACGAACCGCAGAUGCGGGACCCCUGGGACAGACGACUGGGCAUCAUUCUUGGUGUGGUAUUGGGGUCAAUUGCGCUCGCUUUGGGUGUGUUCCUUAUCUGGUUCUUACACCGCCGUCGUAAGAACACGGGAAGUUACUUCAAGAGGAGACUCUCGAGUCCCUCAGAGAACGAGGUCUACUCCUGGCGUAACGAUGCCGAGGCGGAAAAGUAUGGCAAUCCGGAUGCACCACCAUUGCUUCAAGCUCCAAUGGCCGCCCAUGGCGUCUAUACUACUAGAGACUGGACCAAUGACGACGAUGACAUGCAUCUUGGCUAUGGCGGCUACAGGCACGAAGAAGACCACAGUCCUGCUGAGCUAUCCGCAGAGCGAUCAAAUCGCGGAUCCUUGCAGAGAAUCUCUACUUCAGAAGACACUCAUCCUGCAUACAGGCAGGAUCGCCCACCUACUCCAUUCUCUCCCGAGUCUUUUGAAGCUAUGGCUGCCAGUCCUGUCAGCCCGAUCGAGCAAGAGCCACAACGACGUCGUAGUAGCGGCUUCUGGCCUCCUCGGAACAGCUCUGAAGGCUACCGCAAUCUUGACUCGCCUCAUGCCAAUGCCGCCCGUCAGCCGUCACUCGCAGCAUUAGCUGGAUCGGUAGCCCAGGACUAUCCUCAUCCAUACUACCAGAAUCCAUUCGCAAGCAGCGAAGACUACGAUCAAGAUGCCUACGAUGGGUCCUAUCAGGAUCAUCAAAGGCACUUGAGUCCGACGCCUGAUAUACCUUCGCGCAGCCCCAGACGCCGGAGCUCCCCAAUGGUGUUUUAUCCAAGCUCGGAUGAAUUGGGCAGAUUCAACUUUGGAAUAGAUGGAGGUAGGGAGCGAAGGCCAAGCGAACUUGGAGCAUGA